GGUGUCGAAGUCUUAAAUGGGAAGAUUCAGGAUGUCUACAAGCUACCAUCGCCUAUCCCUUGCCAGACAAAUCCUGCCGGGGAACCCAUUAACCUACGUAUCCCAUUCCCACCAGCGUCCAAAGAGGAAACAAAAGGAGCGGCUGAAACGACUUCUGAAGCGGUCCCUUCAAUGUCCACCCUCAUCUACAAGAAUAUGGAGAGAUGGAAGAAGAUCCGACAAAGGUGGAAAGAAGCUUCGCAGAAGAACCAGUUGCGCUAUGCUGAGAGCAUGAAGAUCCUUAAGGAGAUGUAUGAACGGCAAUGAAGAGUGAGGGGCUUGUGUCUUUCUGGAAUCCCUUGUCUUCUGGGCUAACGUGACUGCUCCUGAGUUUGUCUAUCAAUAAAUGCAGCUUUCGUUUGCAGAUUUUGUGAGGUUGUGG